AUGUCUUCACAACCAGAAUCUCUGGCGAAUAACGAAAAUACAGAUAUACAAUCACCUCAAGAACUAACUGCAUACGUUGAGACGGUCAUUCAACAACUGCAAACAAAGUUUGAUGAUCUUUCAUCGCUGCUGAUUGAAAAAAUGGAUGAAAUGGGUUCACGGAUCGACACGCUUGAAAAAUCCCUGGGAGAUUUGAUGCAGGAAGCGGUUGCGGAAGAAAAUACAGAACUAAAAGCCUGA